ACGUCACUUAGACUGUCAUAACAUGCUUAUAAUUGCCCCACUGGUUUUUUGUUUACUUAUUAUUUAACCCAUUAAACAAACACUAAAAUUGCCUCAAAAUGAGUUACGAAUACCACCAGCACAAUAAUUCUUAUCGUCGCCCGCGUCCCACCUCGGUAAAUUAUCGCCAAAAGCUCGCGGUACUCAAAAGAAUGAUCGUGGAAUAUGUGCACGAAAACGCCGCGUUAGUAGACGAACUAGAAGAGGUCCAAGCUAAAAUAGUGAUGCGAACCGAAGAGAGGAAGUUCUUGUUAAGAAAACUGUGCGAAUAUGACCCAUUGGUUGCUGCUGAGGUGCAAAAUGCGGCCCAAGGUGGAGCCAGGGCGCCCAACCAUUCCGCCGAGGUGAAAAAGUCUAAGAAGAGGCCCUCUGACUCUUCAAGUAGUGACCGAAGAUCUUCAGUGUCGAAACCUAGGAGACCCAGUGUGAAAAGCAGCAAAAAGAAACUGAUACCGCCUGUACCAGUGGACAGUAAUGGAAGACCAACAUUUCCAAUAGAAUUAGGAAAGCUCACAAUCCAUUCUUUAGGGGAAAUUAUACCAGACAAACUGGAAUUUCAUUCCGAAGAUACAGUGUUUCCAGUCGGUUAUGUUUCAACCCGAAUAUAUGGCAGCUUGAGAGAACCCACUAUCAAAUGUGUCUACACGUGCAAAAUAUCUGAAAAGAACGGUUUGCCAAACUUUAUAAUAGCCUGUGAGGACGGCAGCUCAGAGAUCGAGGGUGACACACCUGACGUAUGCCAUUCUCUACUAUUACAAAAAAUUAACGACAGCCUUUCUUUGAAUGUGGUUAGCACUAGGCCUAGGGGCAACGAAUUCUUUGGGCUGACACACUUAACAGUUUUACAUCUGUUUCAAGGCAUGCCAGGGGUCAGGAAGUGUCUGAAUUAUAAAUGGACAAGGUUUGAAGUGUCAAAGACAGCCGAGCCUCCAAAGGAGUAUAAUGAUGCCGGCUUAAGUUUUGAUUAUUUGCAACGGAGCAUUAAUAUGUGCAAGUAUAAGAUGGCUCCCGACGUGCUUCAAAUGCCUAGUGAUUUUAUUGAAGGCAUUUAAGUUUAAUUGUAAUUUUCUUUUUAUAUUAUGGAUGUUUUGAUGUAAAGGGCCCUUAUUGCCAGAGUGUGUACUAUAUUAUUUUGUAAAUUCUUACUUAGAGUUGGAAUUUGAUUUAAAUAUAUGUAUUCAUUUUUGCUAUGAGUAAAA